AUGGCCCCGCAGAGCGACCGCUCGCCGGGCGAAGGACAGCCUUAUUUCGGCGGCGCCGAGGACGCCCCCUCCGCGGCCGGCGGAGGCUCCGCGGGCAGCCGGGGCGCCUCACCGGCCCGCACCGCCCUGGCCCCGCGGGAGGCGGCGGCCCGCAGGAAGGGGAAGGCGCGGCGGGGCCGCGGCAAGGCGCGGAGCGAGGGGCUGCUCAGCAAGCAGAAGAGGAGCCGGCGUAUGAAGGCCAACGACCGGGAGAGGAACCGCAUGCACCACCUCAACUCCGCCCUGGACGCGCUCCGCAGCGUCCUGCCCACCUUCCCCGACGACGCCAAGCUCACCAAGAUCGAGACGCUCCGCUUCGCCCACAACUACAUCUGGGCGCUCACCCAGAGCCUCCGCCUUGCCGAGCAAGGCCUGCCCGAGCCCCCCCCGCCGCCGCCCCCCGUCGCCGCCGCCUCCCCCGGGUCCUGGGACUCGCCCUGCCCCGCCGCCCCGCCGCCCGCCGCCCUGCGCCGCGGCCCCGCCGCCUUCCCCGCCUUCCUCUGA